AUGUCGCUGGAACGCGAGUGGCAGACCCCACUGGGCCUCAGUGCGCCUCCCGCGUACAAGCAGCACAGGUGUUGUUACGACAGCAACAGGGGCGUGGGAGCGAGUGGGGGCGUUCUGGACCCAAUUUUGGGCAGAAGUGGCCUCGACGCAGCAACAGGUGCACUGUCCGAGAUGGAUAUGGCUACGGCCGAUCAUCGAGUGCUGCACGACGGGCACACUGGAUCGACGAAAAGCGUGGCAGGUGAGUUGGCAGAGCUCCUCCCGAGUCUACCGACGGCACCAGAGCUGUCGCCGUCACGAGCGCAGACCACGUACGAGCAAUCGCUGGCGCCAUCGACCGUGUUGUCCGUCGAUUCGACAGUUAGUGUCUUGGUGGACGCAGCCUACACGGAACUCAGCGAGCCACGGGACCCGAAAUUGAAAACCGAGAAAAUUGCCUCCCACCGAAAAGUGCGGUGCAAGUUCCCGGACUGUCCCAAUCGCGCUCGAGUGUCUCAGUACUUUGGGAAUUUCUGCAAUCGGCACGUGAUUGUCGCCCCAUGUGGGUUUCCUGGCUGUCGGGAAAAGGCUAUGGACCACGCUGCCAUGUGCUUGAAGCAUCUGAAGCUGGGCAAAGAAGCACUCAACAAAGUGUUGACUACCCGCACGCAAAAUGUUCCCGUGUGUCGAACGCAGGGGUGCUUUAAGAACGAUCAAGGCAGAGGAUACUGCCGUGGCCACGAAAACCUGAUGAUGGCGACUGGACGCUUGCCCGUGCACGUCAGCAGGCGCCGUCUCAACAGUGCGUACACCAUGUGCAGCUAUCCCGAGUGUACGAAGCAUUCUCAGCGGCGUCACUUGUGCCGGACGCACGGAAACCUCCUCGUUAAGCAAGCCCAAGGGCUGGCAGACCAACCAGGAGCUACUGAAAGUUUCGAGGACAUUUUGGCCAGGAUGGAAAAGGAUAUGCGUCAAUGCACUUGGGCAAACUGCACGAAAAACUCGCAGCGAGAUCGACUGUGCACUACGCACUAUAACGAGAAGCAGACCCUGCAACGGGAUGGUGGGACGCCAAUGAUUUCUGAUGUGGGUGCGGCAAUAGUAAGUGAAGAAAACGGUGGAACAGGUUGGCGGGACGGUGCUGAAGACGGCCAUGUCCAGGCUAUUGUACAGACCGACUACAAGGAAUCAAGUUGCGAAGUUCUCCCGUAUGCGGUGGAGUCGUCGGUGGGGCAUCUGAAGGAGGUUCAGGACCUGAUCCCGAGUCGAAAAAGACGUGAUUGCGACCCAUUUUUAUCCAGUGCAUCUGCCGGAGUGGUGGUGGGGGGCAACGGUUGUGAACAAAGGCAAGCGUCAUAUGCGACCACUACAAGCACGGCAUGCGCAAACACAAUGUGCAAUCGGGGGAGCUACGGUAGUGACUACUGUGGCGGAUGCCAGAAAAUGUUUUCGCUUCUUGUAGUACCGGUGCACGAAAACAUGGCUGGUACCUCAGGAUACCCGUAUAGAAUUGCAGCUGACAGCUGUGGACAAUUUGCAGGAAAUGACUCGAUUUGCCGUGCUGCAAAAUGGGGGCAAGAACCGGCUCGCGGUGGACCAUCCGCAUCGCAUUUUCGACCAUCCGGAACAGGUUCGAUGCCAGUGGACCAGGUAAACUUGACCGCGCAGACGCAAAGACAAGAGUGGGAGUUGACAGAGGUACCAGCGACCACUGUUGCAGAAGCGACACAAGCCACUCCGACACGGUCCGGCAGGACAAAGAAAUACUACUGCAAAAUUGAUGGAUGCGACAAACAAGCUCAACGGCGGAGCUUCUGCAAGCGCCACUACCGUCUUCACGCAAGUGCCCCAACUGAAAGGUCCGAGCCAGAACCCGAACCCAGCAGUUUUGCAACAGAACUGCACCACGCGGUUUUCUCUCGACCAGCCAUAGCCUGUCACUUUCGCGGGUGCUCGCAACUCGCUCGCCCGGGCGCGUCGUUGUGUCCGGCACACGCCGAAUCGACGCCCGAGCCCGAACCCGAACCUAGCGGCUUUGCAGGUAGGCUGCACCACUCGGUAUUCUUCCACCCAAGCAUAGCCUGCCACUUUCUCGGGUGUUCGCAGCUCGCUAGGUCGGGCACGUCGCUCUGCUCGGCACAUGCCGAAGCGACAUUUUGCUGGCAGCCUGGAUGCGAAAACCUCGUAAGCCGCGGUCGAUUUUGCGGGUUCCACGGCUUCCGGAAACAGUGUGCCUACGCAGACUGCACGAAGAGUUCAGAACAAGACGGAAGUGGCUGCAAAGACCACGCGAACGCUCCGAAAUGCCGCCACGAAUUUUGUGAUAAGUUCGUCGUAAAGUCGGAGAUGUGCCGUUUGCACCAGAGAAGCUGCCAGGACUUUCCAUGUGCCCUGUGCCGGCUACAUGCGCUUUCUCCGAGUAGAUUUGCGGCCGGCAUUGACGCGAGUGUUGGCAACGGAGCCGAUACAAUGUAA